AUGGGUUGCUCUGCCUGCAACCUGCCCUCCCUCACCCCACCGCCCUCCUCCACGGCCACCGCCACCACGUUCCCCGCUACAACCUCUACCCGAUUGAUCGCCUUCCCCUCCCGGCACCACCGCACAGACAAACGAUUAGCUCUUCACUUCCAAUUGCUCAAGCCCAACCGCUUCCCCCAUUUCACUCCACUCACUUACUCCGUCUCACCCCUCAGCUACUACGACUGCUACGGGGACCGCGACGGCGGCGAUGGAAGAAGCGGAGAUGAUGGCGGCGGCGGCGGCGGGGAUGAUUGGAGCAACAACAAUUUCUUCAAUUUUGACGGGAAAGCGCUUAUUCUCCUGCCCUUUCACUUCAUAUUUGGCGACAGAGAAGACUCGUAUUCCGUAUAUCUACCCAGACACGUUAAUGGGCUACUCAUUUCCAUAUCAGCUUUCUUAAGCUACUUGGUCUUUUCGCCUUCCGAGGCGCGAGCAAAGGCUGAGGAUUUAUCAGAUAAUCACGAGGAAGCUUUGUUCGAGAUCAGGGGCGGAAAGAGAGUUGAGCUAGUCCCAGAUUAUUCCAAAGACGAGUUCAUCGUUCCCGAUAGCUUGUGGGCUUGGUGGUCAAACGGCGACAAGUCUAGGUAUGGGUUGAGUUUGGGAGAUGUUUGGAUUAAAUGUAGGGGUUUGGUUGAGAGCGUGAUGCUCCCGGAGGGGUUUCCGGAGAGUGUUACGAGUGACUACCUCGAGUAUUCUCUCUGGAGAGGGGUUCAGGGCAUUGCUGCUCAAAUUAGUGGUGUGCUUGCAACUCAGGCGAACAGUGUAUGA